AUGAAGGCUGCAAUCCUCGUCUGGGCGCUUUUGCUCAGCUUUGACAGGCCCUGCUGGCUGGCGGAGGGACGAGAGAGGCCAAGGAGUUUGCGUUCAAAGCCCUUUGAUCAUGAAGCUUUCACUGCACAUCUCAUCACGAUGUCGCCCGCGGCGGAGCGGCCUUUGUGGCGCCGCUUCUUGGAGCGCCGCUUCGGGUGGCCGCCGGAAGAAAAGCGCCUCCGCGCCACCUUGCAGCCCAAGGUGCUCUUUUUGUGCUUGGCCUUUGCUGGCUAA